AGAAAAAGUGUAUUAUUUUGCUCCUGCAUCAGUUCCGGUUAGAUCAGAAUCAUGAAUGGGUUAUCUUUACGCAUUUCCAAUGUGAGAGCGAAUGAGAAUGUGAAGAAAAAUUCCGAAAUCCGGAUGGAUCUGUUCCAAGUGCCUUCUGUCUAUUUGACUGCAGAUAACUCUUAUCUAGAUCAACUAAAUUCGUCGGAAACUAUAGAGGGUCAGGUUAGGAUUCUUAAAGAGUACUCUUCUUUUGUGGUAGGUCUCGAGGAUUCAUUGAAGCUGCAUGUACAAACAUUGGCAAACUUAUUCAUGGAAGCACCCCUAAAACAUGCUGUCCGGCACACGAUAGCUCGAUCUUUAAGCAACCUAACCGCCAGCCGUGAAAUUGUCGCGAUAAGUAUUGCCAACAGUAUAAAAGCACGAAUUGAACAGGAUUCGAGUGCGUCAAGUGAACCAACGCGAAGAAAUACAACCAUCUGCAACAUCGGAAGUUGCUUUGAAAACUUCAAAGUUGGUUGUGAAGCUGUUCGUCUAAGUUUGCAGCAACUUUUUCAAUUCUUGAACAAAUCCGUUAUAGUGUACCUUGAGCGUAUGAAUGAUCGUGUGUCGCCUUCGGACAAAAGUGAGCUGUGUUUAUUUAUUCAUUCUGCUAUUCGGAUCGUUAUAUGCUGCUUUCAACAGUUCCCCGAUCAAUUGAAAGCAUCGUACGAGGGCGAAAAAAAUGUGGAAAAGCUUGUACUCAUUUGUUGGGAUCUGCUGGAGAACCCGGAAAUACCGAUGGACACGAAAACGAACUGUGGUAUACUGAUAGCAAUGAAUGCUAAUCUGGAGAGAAGAUUUCUACGGCUAGCACAGCGUGUGUUCGAUGAGGAUAGUUCGGCAAAGCAAAUGUGCUUGGUGAAUGGAAUUAUCUGUACGAUCGAAAACGAACAUUUCACCAGUCCGGAAUGGAAAGGUAUAGAGGUGCUUCAUCAGGCAGCAACGGUUUUAAAAGAAAUUUCGGAGGAAAACUCGGUCGAAGUGAGCAUCGUGCUUGGUACAACACGUGGAUUUUUUCAAAUGACUAAGCGGCUACUUGGUCUCAAACUGGAUGGUUACAAAACAUCGGAACGAAAAGAGCUCGUCGACAUUCUGGCCAUCAAUCUGCGUUAUUCUUUGUCCCACCUGGAUCACUACGUCGACAGCAUACGGCACAUAUCGCGUGAUCUGCUGAAAUGCACCAUACAACUGGGCACACGGUUAGAUGAUACGCUUAAUACCAUAAUUUACGAUUACAUUCGCAACGGAGGUAUUAAUAUCAACACAAAGUGCAUACUGAUCAGUGCAAUAUCUUCCAUACUAAAGGCAAAAGAAGUCUUACGAGCCAUUCCAGAUGUUCCAGAGUUUUUGCUUCGAUCGCUGACCCAUAAUGAUCAUUCGAAUACAAACUUACACAUAAACAAUUGCUACGAGUCACUGAUGAUGUCUUACUCAUACGAGAAUAACAAACAGGAAUGGUUCAAUCGUUGGAUAAACCCAAUAUUGAUGGAAAUUACUAACGGACGGGAAGGGAGCAUCGGUGGAGCCAUUGAAACGGUUACCACGAAUUUUUCAUGUACGUACGAAACAGAAGAAACCACCAACAAUGACGGUAACCGAUUAAAUGAUAUACGCGAAACACUGCACGACCUCAUAAGAAAGGCGAUUCGUGCUUAUCCAGAAAUCGCCAUAAAUAUGAUCGACAGCAAAGUUGGUAUCAGUUACGGUUUGGUGCUGUCCUCGUUAGGAAUCGCUCGGAAAAAUGGGCUCUUUGAUACAGUACAGUCGACCGAAGCGAUGUGGAAAAAUUUGCUUUCAUACUCUGAUAUCCGGGAGGCGAUGAUAUCGUCCGACGAUUCAACUCGCAUGUCCGCCCUGUACCUGAUAACAGAAUGCCAUAAAAGUACCGAAAUAUUCACCAAACAAGAUUUGGAAUGCAUUCUAUUUUUCCUGGAAACGAACAUAAAUGUUCAGGCGGCUUCUUUACGACAGAAAAUUACGUCUUGUAUGAAGAGUGCCCUUAACCGGCUUCGUUCGGGAUUUUUGAGCAUUAUUAAGAAGUCAGACAUCGAUGGAAAAAGCCAUUACUACUACGAAUUUGUCAAACGACUUCACGAGUUCUGUAUUGUGAAUCAGUUUAUUGGAGCCAAUUACAGCAGACGAGCAAUUUCGUUCCAAAUACUGCUUCAGCUGCUGCAAAUUUCUUCCUACAUUUUUUACGACGAUGAAAACAUAAGCAUGUGGAACGAACGACAGGUUCGUAUACUGCUGUCGUCUUUGAACGAUAGCUACGAGUCAAACAAGCACUACUCGCUGAAAGUGUUAUCCUUUUGCCCAAAGCAGUUCAUUGAGCAGUUCAACGGCGAACUCAAUUACGAGGUUACUCGCACCCUAAUGAUUAGUCCGCGGCCAAAUGAUUCACUGUCGGCGGCAUAUUAUCUUGAAUAUCUCUGCUUCGUAAAUAGCACCAUCGACACUCCACGCCUGGAGAUGGAGCCGGCUAGCUGUAGUGUCGCAGCGAAAGUAUAUCGUUGCUUUCUUUGGUGCGAGGAAAUUUUAAUGCAGGGAUUCCGAUUAGCUAGCCAUUCGCUUUUGCGAGCCUCUCGGGAGAACCCCAUGUUCGGAGCACUAAUUUGCAUUCGCCAUUUACUGAGCAAGCUAGAUUUUAAGGAACUCUCUCGAGAUGAGUGCUGGCGAACGUCCAUUACUCGACUGAUUAGUACCUGUGACAGCAUAGCGAAAGUGGUUUCGGUCGUUACCAACAAUUCUUCGCCGGAAGGAACAUUUUUGGACGAUUUUCAAGAAACAAACGAAUGUACAGACAUAGAAAUGGACGACGGUAACGAGCUACCGCCACAAGCUGAGAUUAACAACAGCUCCAUCCCGAGUGAAAUGAACGAUGAGGCGAACAAAGAGAGCAAGACAGAAACGACACCACAAAUGAUUUUGCUCUGUGCCUGGCGCACGAUCAAAGAGAUUUCUUUGAUAUUAGGCGAUAUUGCAUCACGUUCUCCAAUCAUCGAAACGGGCAGCAGUGUAAUGCAGGGCGAGAAAGGGCUUCUAACAUGCCAGCAGAUUUUAAGCAUCGGGAAUCAGUUCAUUGAGCUGCUUUCGGAAACAAAGCAUCGUGGUGCAUUUGAACAAGCGUACAUAGGGUUUUCAAAAAUAUGCUUACGUCUUUGGGGAUCUCCGCACACUGAACUUCAUCAGCUACCGAUGCGAUGGAUUAAAGAGUUAAUUAAUGCUAUCACCGGCGGCAUGGGUACGAUUGCUUCGUCUACAAUCGCGGACAGAGACAUCGCCGAGAUCAACCUGGACAAACUGUGCGUAACCCGUCGCAGUGCGGGCAUCCCUUUCAUAAUACAAGCCUUGAUAACGUCUGAGCUGCAAGUGAGCUCCACUAAAGGAUUACAGUUUUGCAUGAAAGCACUGCUCGAGCUAUGCCGGUCUAAUACUACAAGCAGCCAAACACGUACCCAUUCGCUUAAUAUACUACGUUCGCUUUUUCGCUCGACUGAUUUGGGUGAAACGGUUGGUGAGUUCGUUUCGGAAGGAAUCAUGUGUGCUAUCAACGGUUACGAGGCGGAGUCAUGGUCGGAGCGUAAUUCUUCAACUUUACUAUUCUCCGCUUUGAUGGUCCGCGUGUUUGGAGUACAAAGAACCAAAGAUUCAGAAAAUCUAAAUAUUCGAAAUAAAAUGACUGGAAGAAUUUUCUUUUUAAGAUAUCCCGUGCUGUAUGAUUAUUUCGUGCUUGAACUGGAAAAGGCUAGUAAAAUUAUCAUUCAGGGCACCAGAAGUAAAAAGCUACAUCCACUCUUGUUGCUCCUUAGCAGGCUGUAUCCAUCCGCCUUAGAGGGUAGUGAGUCCAAUUUGAAGCUUUCCCGCUUUGUUCCGUUAGUUUCAAUUUGUUCCGGUUGUGCGGAGUUUCAAACACGCUUCUUGGCAGCAAAAAUUGUUUCCAUAAUCGUCUCACCGGAUCUAAUGUUUGACCGCAUCUGCUUGUUAUUGGAAAGUCUUAAUCGUUCCAACAACCGGAAUGUCAAUCCCAACUCCUUACACGGCGCAUUGCUGCAGAUUUUGUACCUCGUCAAAACAAAAAAUCCCGGUUUAGUAGCGGCAGCAACUUCGAGUGGGCAGUUGAAUAACUGGAUUGAGCUAUACACUGCGAUCUCCAACUAUUUGUUUGAAGUAAAGCCCAACUUCAUAAUCUACAGUACCAUAUUAGAUAUAUUGUUGGAAAUUUUAGCACGAUGCCAACACAUCAUCAUUGCGGAGGACGACCAAUUUAUAGACGAUCUGAGCAACAUUGUUGACUAUCUGCUUAAUUUGACAAACCAUCGAAAUUUUUACGGAGAACCUUUAGUGUUUCAGAAAAUUGUUCUACUGAAAACGUUUAUGUAUCUGUACAGUGACGACGAGACAGGAAUACGUAGCUCGCAAUGCUUCCUGUUGCGCAUCGAGUCGGAAGGGGAAGCACAGCUGUCGCAGGAAUAUAUACAGGCAAUGUUAAACACAAUCUUGCUGGUGCUUGAUGUUGACCAAAUUGGAAUACACUGCGAAGAAUAUGAUAUCACCCCUGUGGAGGUGUUUUACUUCCGCAACAUUUGCGAACUAAAGCCAGAUCGAUUGCGGUGGCUGAAGGCGGAACUGUUGCGUUCCCAGCAGCUUCACUGUAGUUUGCGACGAUUGAUUGGCUCCGGAAAUGAUGGACACAAUCAACCGUACAUGAUCCAAGUGAAGGCUUAUCUAGUGCUGAGCUAUAGCAGUGUGGCCGUUAGUAACGUACUGUUGAAUGGGAAAAGCAUACGCGAGGCAAUGCAAACCAUAUACAAGGCAGCAAACAAUCAGCCCUAUCAAUUACGUAGUGCUAUGUUCCGCUGUUUGAAACGGUUGUUGCAAAACGAAACGAAAGGUUCCAGUGAGUUUACAUUAAAUGUAGAAUUUUUACCCACUCUAAGUGCUGCAUAUCAAUCAAAACCUAUCAGAUUAACUGCGGUGGAAUGUUUGCAUAUAGUGGGUAGGAAAAUUUUCGAAGGGAAGUCUUUAAAUCAAUACAUAAAUUUCAGUUUCGCACUGCUUAAUUUACUUAGUGAUGAUGAUAGUAACAUCCGUGCCAAGGCAUCAAUAGUCGUUAGUCAACUUCACCAUGUGAUUGAUAAAGUGAAACAAAAACCUCUGGUAGCGACGUAUGCACAAAGUGUAUACUUACGAUUACUAAGCAAAACAAUGAUUGCUCAUAAGUUUACUCUAAACCAGAUAGUGGCUGUUAUCGUCGUGAUAUGGAUAUUGAAAGAGCAAGAAAUAGAAGACGAUUCCGUAAAUAUAGACGGUGUAACUGAUACCAAGGUGUUUGACAAAAAUGAAGUUAACAUCUAUGGUGAACUAGAGCUGGUCCGAGACUAUUGCAUAGUGGAGCUACAGCAUUUGGAAGCCACUAGUGCCAACUACAGCUUGGAAAGCAAUAUAGACAAAAUACAGAAGAUUGUCGACAAACAUCUGAAGCAGCCAACGUGUAUACGGGAGUUCUUGCAUUCUACUGCAAAAAUAUCAUCCAAACUAAUAGGAAUUGUUCUGUAAAAACUCAGAUUUGUG